UAUACAAAGUUACUGCAUUCAGACAAGAGCAACUUUUUUGUGACAAUGUCUGCAUCUGUUGAUUAAAAUUUGAAACAUAAUAAGCUUCUAAACAAGGUCAACAGUUUUCAUCAACUCAUAGUGGACGAAAAUAAUCAAAAAUAAGUGUGUAUUAUGUUCAUAAUUCAAAGUAUUGCAUAUUUUAUGUGUCAUCACUGUACAUUCAAGACCAAGUGUCCGCGAAAAUGAUCUGUACUUUGUUUUUCGCAAUCACAACGUUACAUGAACAUGGAUGACCUAAAAUGCGAAUAUGUGAAGAAAAAAAGAUGUUCGGGACUCACAAGAAGUGCAAAUUAAAGAAAUGAUAAUGUUUUACACAUUGAUUAUUGGUAAUCACUGACAUAUUCAGACCAUCGCAUAACGAUCGGUGCAUUGCUCGGUCACCAAAGUGAAAAUGUGAUGUGUCAAACUGAUUGUUUACCUCGCGGACAGGUGAGUGGUUUGUAGAAGUGGUACGCGAGGGCGGCGGGAGGCGGGCGGCAUGUCUGGUCGGUCGAGUCCCGUGAACGGCGCCUACGAGGCCGCGAGGCUCACCGUCCGCAAGGACCUCUUUCCUGAUGCGCGAGUGCCCAAAGUGGCAUCUGGUACCCCUGACGACGACGACGACGACUCGCCAGGUUCCGGUAGCGCAGUCUCCUGCAUCAAACUCGAAACCGAUUUUGAGCAGAGCAUCGAUGACAUCGCCAAUCAGAAGCUUCAGGUGGCAAACGGAUCGUUGUCGUCCCCCGCAAGGUCACGCCACAGGAAGCACAAGCAGCACUCGCGACGUGACACCGACAGCUCAACAGUGAAUGGUUGUCUUCCCCCAGAAACCAAACGGAAAAAACACCAUCAUAAAAGACGUUCAAUGAACAGCAAGUCACAAGUGAUAAGUGGUAAAAACUUAUAUUUAGUGAGUAGCAGUGAGUGCCAGAGUGAUGGUGAUAAAGAGGAACAGAAGCCAAGCGAGGAAGAGGAGGAGGAAGAGGAAGAAGAGGGCUCUGAGGAAAGUGAAAGUUCAGAUGAUGAAGUGCUCAAGUACAGUGUGAAGUUACCUUUAAUUAAUAUGCAGCGCCAGAGUGGCAAACCUUAUAGCCAUGAACUUAGUCAAUUAUCAACUAAAAAGAGCAAAAAGAACUCAAAAGAGAAAAGGACUCAUGCAGUCACCCCAUGUAGUGGCAAACCUCGGUCUAUGCUGGACAUUUGUUCACGUAGUAAAAAGAAAUCUAAGAAAUCAGAGUGUACAGCCACAUAUCACAGCCAGAUAGUGGACACAAAUACCAUAAAGAUUAAAAUAAGAAGAACAAGUGUUCACGAUACUAUAACACCGACACCAACUUCAGUUGCUGACAUCGGGCAAAGAAAAUCGAAGAAGAAGCGAGCCGCAUCGCCCGUGGCCAGCGAGAGUUCUGGUGAGGAGUACGACCCAUCCCGCGGCGACACUGCAGCGGCCAUCAGUGUCGCUGCGCCCAAGUCACGACACGCACGUCCCAAAACUCCCAAGACUCGUAAAUCUAACAAUACUAAAAAUAAGGAAAAAAAUGAAAAGACUGAAAGAAAUAGAAUUAGUGCAGCGGAAAAUAAGAAUACUGGACCGCAGAGUCCCUGGGCGGCGACAAUACCGAAAGAGAUACUUGAACAAAUUUUCGAGUAUGUUGUGGCUUCGCAGGGGACUUUGCCUGCAGUUAUCAGGUUAGGUAGAGUGUGCAAAUUGUGGCACAGCGUUAGUUGCCGGCCGGAACUAUGGAAGAACGUCGAUCUUGCGCAAUACACGAGUGAGAAAUGCAAAACUGAUUACAAGCUGGUUUGGUUACUCGAAAAUCGCUUAUCGCUAUGUCAGGUUUUAAACAUUGCUCAGUGGAAGGUGUGCAACGUGUCGUGGGUGCUGGCGUGCGUGGCGGACUACUGCCCGGGGCUCGUGGAGCUGAGCGUGGCGGGCUGGAGCCGCAUCACGCCCGACCAGCUGUUCGACCUCAUUAAGGGACUCCCCAAACUGCAGCGCCUCGACCUCUCGCUCACGUCAGAGACGGGCGGUUCGAGCACGUGCCUGUCGGCGACGUCGAUGGCGCGCAUCGCAGAGAACUUCGGCGACCGUCUCACGCACUUGACGCUCGCAAACAAUAAGUUCACUGCGUUACCCCAGAUACUCACCUCGGUUGCGGCGCAUUGUCAAAAUCUAGAAGUGCUGGACAUCUCCGGCGCGCUGGCCACGUCGCACCCCGCCGCCGUGCCGCUCGAGGCGCUGCAGAAGGGUUGCCCCAAGAUGCGCGUGUUCCGGGCCGCCAACUCGCAACUCGUACUCGCUUCAGCCACCACUUCACAACAGAUGGAGACGAGCGGAUGGAGCAUGCUGGAGGAGCUGUCGGUGGCGGGCGAGGCGGCGACGGAGCGCGUGGGCGUGGGCGAGUACCGGCUCGGCGACGAGGCGCUGGCGCGGCUGGUGCGCGGCGCCACGCGCCUGCGCCUGCUCGACCUGCGCGGCCUGCAGCGCCUCACCGACUCGGGGCUCGUGCGCGUGCCCGCCUGGGACCUGCAGCACCUCUUCCUAGGAGGUUGCAACGUAACGCGUCAAAGUAACGCAUGCUUAGAGCUGAUCUGCGAGAAGUGGUCACACAGCCUGAUAGAACUAGACCUGUCGUGGGCGUCGGCAGCUAGAGUACUAGACGAUGCGGUGUCCGCGCUCGCCGACUCGCCCAACAGCAAGUUAAGAAUACUCAACUUGUGUGGUUCGUCUGUAUCAUUAGAGCCAGUGAAAAAAGUGCUUCUUAAGUGCCCACAUGUAGAAUCCAUAAAUCUGAGUUCAUGUCGCGCUCUCCCGAGAGGCAUGAAACGCUUGUAUACUGGGAAAGAAUUAGAAGAUUUAAAAGACAGUUUCAAUCCCGAAAAAUUGAAAACCAAAGAAGAAAAGGAAAAAGAGAAAGGGAAAUCGAAAAAAGCUACGAAAAAGACAGAAGCCGAUUCGAAAUCCGAAACUGUUACUAAAGAUUCUUCGGCGAAUACAGUUGCUACAGAUGUCUCAGACACGGCCGACACCAAAGGAGAAACUAAAACUAUAGACAAGUUACUGGCCUCCCCAUUCCAAGAACCCAGAAGUGUCUCAGACGCCGGAUCAAACUUAUCAGAUAAACUACCUUCACCAAUCGAUAGAUUAACGAAAUCAUUACCAGAUAGUAAAUCAAUCGAAAGGUGUUACAAUAAGGACUCUGUUGAUUCAAUAACGUUAUUGCAGGAAGGUAAACGAUCGACUAGGGGCGCUACUCCCAAACUUUUAAGUCCCGCUUCUCAAUCUAGACCAGAUUCUUCUUCCACUCCUAGAUCUGAACCGGCGAAGUCAGAUUUUGGUAGUCCACAUUUUAGUCCCGUUCCUAAACCCGAUAGUCAAGUACAAAAUAGCCCUGAAGUGCAAACAGAUCUGUUAAAAAGCAAUAAUGCGUGGACUUUAGGACAGUUAAAAACUACACCGACGCAUAAAUCAGAAGCUAGUCCUUUAAACAAAUUCGAAACCAAUACUAAAAUUAAACACAGUAAAAUUAUCGAACAAUGUAGUCCAACUACCUCACACGAAAACAAACAUAGCCCAGAAACCAAUAGUAUUAAACAAGAUAUAAAGAAUCCCAAUAGUUGGAAUUAUGACAGUUACAGUCCAAUGACGCGACAAGAAAACAUAUUUUCUUCCCAGAGAAGUCCAUAUUCUGCUCAACCUAGCCCCGCCCAGCCUAGCCCUUACUCAACGCAGCCCAGUCCUUAUUCGACACAACCCAGCCCCUACUCAUCACAACCUAGUCCCUAUUCCGCGCAACCAAGUCCAGAUACUAGUCAAAUAAUUAAACCGGAACUGCCCAAGUCGUCUAGUUGGAAUACUGGAAAUUAUAGCCCCAUGACGAAACACCACGCACCAUUUUCGCCUCACCCGUCCACACACCCGAGCCCUGACCCAGGAUUAGGAAUGAAAGCGGAUGCAUUAAGAAACAAUGCAAGCAAGACUCCUGGCCAGUAUAGUCCUAUGUCGAGGCAGGAUCGUAUGCAUCACAGUCCUUAUUCGCCUAGGCCCAGCGUAGACAAUGCUGUUUAUAGCAACAAGAAAAGCCCCGGAAUAGGCAACUACAGUCCAAUGAUGCGCCCAGAUUACCAUUUGCCGAGUCCUGACAGAGGGCCGGCAUCGAGAGCGGCAACGCACGGCAGAACACCCGAAUUAUAUGGAAGAUCUAUACCGAAAAUGACAGAUUUAAUGCAUAGUGUGCCACCGUCCGAUAUUUCGUGGGGAAUGGAUAAGUUUAAUCAACUGUCCACUCCCACAUCGACUAUUGAGUCAUUAGUAUGGGGGACUACAUCAUUUACCGCAGAAACACCGACGAUGUCCGCGAGAGUAGACAACAUGUCUAAUACUCCACUGCUAAAUACUCCGCCGCCACAAACUUGGUCCGAGUUGCCUUCUUUCGAAAAUAGUGCUCGUAGAUCUAACGAAGAACUGAGUGAUCCGUGGAACGUAGGUCAAUUCCGAGUGGAGCAGCCGCACCACAUGCACAAUAACUUCGUGGAGCAGAACGUGAGUUUCGAGUCGCUGAGCUCGCGCCACGUGGAGCACGUGCCUCACGCCUUGCAGAACUAUUUGGACGACGGGUUCACAGAGACCUCCCGCGUAGACUGACGUUCAUGUUCACGAUUGCCAUCUUGUGUCUCGAAUAAAGUUUGUGUCGAUGGACAAUUCCUAUUGAGAAAUUGUAUUUUUUUUUACAGAAGAGAAUUAGGAUGACGUAAUUUAAAACAGAUAAUUAAUUACUAACUUUGUAAAUAAGAUUAUGUAGUUAAAUAUUAAGAGUAAUGGAGCUAGGAAUGUAUAAUAAAUCUAUUUCGCAGCGGAUUCUAUAAGUGUUAAAGACAGUUUAAAUUAUUAAGAAUAGUAAAAUGUUCAUUCAUCGAUGUAGUUUUCUUGGGUAUAAUCUGCAUUAGAUUUUCAAGUUGUUUAUUUAAAUGCCAAAUUCUGUUACUAAGGCCAAAAUGUGAAAAUUUAUUUCAUUGUAAAGUAUGGAAUUUGUUGGAUACAGUUGAUUACAUGCUUAGUGAGAUAUAUUCUGUUUUGUUUCCAACAGAUACGUUUCAAUCACAAUGUCGGACAAAUCUUACAGUGAAUACAAACAUUCCUUAUACAUGUAGUUCAUCAGUUUUGAAUAUAUCAUUGCAUGUUACAUUUUCUAAAUCACUAAAUACGCAACAAAAUGUUGCUUUAUACAUAAUUAGAUGCUUUAGAUACUGUUAACAUUGAAUGAACGGAUAUUAUAUUGUUGGCGAUGUAUUAGAGUAGGCAAUGAAUUUAGAAAUAUAUAUGUAUCUGUAAAACUGUUAUUUAAACGGUUGUAAUCCAGCGCAAGCAUUUUUAUUACAUAACAGAGGAUAUUCUACCGUUGACCCAUAGUUGUGUUGAUCACCGAUUACUUAUUUCUAUUUGUGAAUUGUGGACCAAAUGAUUAAGCAAACGAUAAGUCGUAGCAAACCCAAGCAUGCGAAAUAAUUACUUUGUUGUUAAAUCUCAUUAUUUAUACUAUAAUGUUGAUAGGUGUCUGAAAGGUUAUAUAGACUUUCAUUGAUGUUAAUUAUCGGCUGUUUACACGGUUAAAAGUAAGAUAUUUAGAGAAAGAAUUCACCAAUUUGGAGAUAUACGAAGUCUAAUUAGUAAAUCUUAGACCAGCUUCCUUAACAAUACUGAAUGUGAGAUCUAUGGACACUGGCACAGUUUAAAAAACUGUAUUGAUAUUCUUAUAUAUGUGAUAGGCAUAAUAUAUGAAGGCAGUAGAAAUAUUUUUAUAUGUUCCAUUAUUUUCUAAUUAGCUUUUUUCCUUUAUUUAUCCUGCGAGGUAGUUAGGAUGACAUAAAACAGUUGUUCAUUUUUAUUUUACAUAUAUUAUGUAGAUACUAAAUAAUCAAGGUAAUACACCUUAAAGUAAUUAUAAAAAUAAAUUAAACAAAGGACAAAAAAUCGUGGGAAAGAAGCCUAUUUUGAAAUUUAAAUUCAUAUAAUUAGAUAUAUUUAGUGUUGUUACAAGGUUAUGGAGCGUUACACAAAAAUGUUUUACAUUGAGUACAAUUUAUUAUUAAGAUUAUUAAAUUAAAAUUCGUUCGAUCCUAUUCCGUAAGCAAUAAUGUAUGGUCGUGCGAUACUAUAUCUAUGGUAUAAUUAUAGUGACCAUGUAGGACGUAACUAAAAAUUAUAAUGAAAUUAAAUAGGCAUCAUGAUGCUAAUAUGUAGAUACCGUACAUAACUAAAAUGUCUGGAUAAUGAGAGUGUAGAUACUGAUCAACAAAGAACAUUUAUUAAUUCUGUCAAAGAUUUGCUAGAAUUUUUUACAAGCAACAAUUUGUUUAUUGAAACUUGAAUCUGUUUAUAUAAUAUACAUUGCGAAGUGCUUAGUUAAAACAAUAUUUUAUUUGCCAGCAUUAUUCGCAUAGUUGUGAAAUGCAUACAAUAAUUAAACAAAAAAAACCAUCGUAACAAAUUGGAGAGUUGUUUCCAUAUCCUAUUGAUCAUUUGGUUCACAACAUAUAAAUAAUCCAUGGCAAAUUUGUUUAUAAAUGACUAGUUAUCUUUUAUACUAAGGUAUUGAAUUGUAGAUCAUGAUGAGCAAUCGAAAUUAAGAUUUUUACUGUAAUAAUUUAAAUUUAUUAGUGAGGUAUGUAAUUUUUAUAAAGCCAUUGUGUCUUUUAUUUGAAUUUUAUGACAAUGAAAUGUUUUUUUGCACGAAACUGUAAUCGUAUAUGAUUUUAAAUUUACGCAAACACAGACGACUAUCUUUGGUAUUUUGAUUUUGGUUUUAUAGAAUCUCACGCACAUAUACGUGUUAUUUAAAACUAAAUUAGUCUUCCGAAUUAUGGAUGUGUAAAUAAAUCGCAUACCAAUUGGACUUCUAUUAUGUGUCGAUUAUAAUUAUUUUAAUUUGAAUGCAUUUUGAAUUUAUCUUUUUUAUAUUUUUAUAUGUGUUUUCAUUAAAACUAUAGUGAAUACUAAUUAAUUUUAUCGUAGUCACACCUAAAACAAGAUCAAAAUUUGGAAAUGAAAGCAAGUACAAAGUGCUUUGAGUAAAUUAUAUAUUAUGUAAUUUGCCUAAAUAGGUACAUAAUUCAUGUUGUAUUUGAAACCGAAAACAACCAAAUAUUGUUUCCAAUACCUGCAUUAGCCUUAUGAAUUGCCUAAUGUUUAACUGAAGAAAUAUUUUAUAGUUUUAUUAACUUAUUACAAAAUGAAAAAUAUUAUCUUCUAUACAUAGAAUGUAUAAAUAUAAUUAUUAGGUAAGAUAAUAUGUUAAUUAAUCGUGUAUUAUAGUAUGUAUAAAAUAAAGUUGACUAAUAUCUUUAAGUUCUGUUAUGUAGAUUUUUGUUUGUAAUAUUGUUGCAGUGCUGCGUGGACUUCUCACAUGUGGUCCAAUUUUUAUAAUCUAACCAAUAAAAUAUCGAUGUGGUUGUACAUUUACAUUUUGAAUAGAAUGUAUUUAUUAAAUUUCUUUUGUUGAAACCA